AUGAUGAUCAGACUCGGACUCAUGAAGGGUUUAGUGCGACAGUUAAGUACUUCUCCUACAAGAACAAUAUACCAUUAUGAAGCGCCUUUAAAAACGGCAGUAGCUAAUAUCAAAAAGUUUUCUGUUGGCUCCUUGGGGCUAACUUAUAUGAUAUCUCCGUUGAUGUUGCUUUUGGACGCAAAUGGCAUGGGACUUGCUACACGGCUUAUUAUGAUUUCCACAGCUUGUGCUGCUUCAACAAUUUCUACAGGAUUAAUUCACUGGGCAGGAAAAUCAUAUGUAACGGAAGGAGUACUAAAGGAUAAUUCAAUUACUUUCACUACUUUAAAUUUAGUGGGAAGAAGGAAGGAAUCAAAGUACAAUGUUGAAGAACUACAAACUCCUGACACUGCUACAAGUCGACCGUUUACAAAUAUCGAAACCAGAAACCAUCCGAAAAAAUAUUUUUAUGUUCAUCAAGAAAUAGCUAACAAAAUUUUUGAAGCCAUUGGAAAGAAGGAACAUGAUAACUAA